AUGUCAAGCUUCAAGGAAACAACUGCAAACUUUUCUGCCUGCGAUGAUGAUGCCACAAUCUGCACCGGUGCUAACUGCCUUGUUCCAAACAUUGACUUAAAUGCAAAAUUGAAUCUGGCAUUAAGUAUUGUGUUCACUGUAAUGCAGGCGAUGAUCAUGCUUGCCAUGGGCUGCUCUCUGAAUGCCCAUAAACUUUGGGGGCACCUGAGGAGACCCUGGGGCAUCGCUGUUGGUUUUCUCUGCCAAUUCGGCAUUAUGCCUUUUACUGCCUGUGCAUUAUCAUUCGCAUUUAAUGUGCUACCUGUUCAGGCAAUUGCUAUCAAUAUUUUGGGUUGUUGUCCUGGAGGCGCCAUUUCCAAUAUUAUCUGCCGCUUGCUUGAGGGAGACAUGGACCUAAGUAUUACUAUGACAGCAUGUUCCACCACACUGUCCAUGGGAAUGAUGCCACUAUGUCUUCUCAUAUACACCUCCAUCUGGACUUCGUCAGACCCCAUCCAAAUUCCAUAUGAUACAAUUGGUGUCACUCUUGUGGCCUUCCUUGUUCCAGUCACUGUUGGAAUGUGCAUUAAACAUAGAUGGCCCCACUAUGCUAAAAGGAUCCUCAAGGUUGGAUCCAUUGCAGGUGUUGUUUUCCUUGUCAUCAUUUCUGUGGUUGGGAUGAUUCUUUAUGAGUCUUCCUGGAUCAUUGACCCCUACCUUUGGAUAAUUGGAACAAUCUACCCCUUUAUUGGUUUUGGGAUGGGUUUCCUUUUGGCUUACUUUGUGGGUCAACCAUGGCACAGGUGCCGUACAAUUGCUGUGGAGACAGGUAUUCAGAACAGUCUUUUGUGUAACACAAUUAUUCAGUUGUCCUUUGGACCAGCUGAAAAGGAAGCCAUGUUUGCAUUCCCAAUCAUCUACAGCAUCUUUCAGCUCAUGGCAUCUGUCCUGUUUGUGGGAGGAUACCAAACCUAUAAAAGGUCAAAUUGUCUACAACCAGCUGAAAUAGAGAGUCAAUUUCCAUCAUUGGAAGGUGCCGUUGACAAGCUCCUUCUGUCCCCCACACUGGACCCUCAUCAGUUUGCCUAUAGGGCAAACCGCUCCACUGAUGACACCAUAAACAUUGCACUCCACAACGCGCUAGGCCACCUUGAGAACCGUGGGACCUAUCUGAGCACAGGCUCCCCUCAAAGAUGUGUACAGAGUCCUCUAAUUUUCACCCUCUACACCUCAGACUGCUCACCGACCCACAUCUCCAAUAAAAUCGUUAAGUUCGCCGACAGCACAACCUUGGUCGGCCUUAUCUCUGGAGGGGAUGAAGUGGCGUACGGAGAGGAGGUUGAGAGACUGGCAGUGUGGUGUUCGGAGAACAACCUCCUUCUGAACACCACAAAAACUAAGGAAGUCAUACUUGACUUCAGAAAGAAAGGCACACACCCAGCACCACUUGCCAUCAAUGGGGAGUGCGUGGAGAGAGUCAAUUCUUUCAAACUACUCGGGGUGCAUAUUUCCGACGACCUCUCCUGGUCUGCUAAUGCCAGAGCAGUGGUAGAAAGGGCCCAGCAGCGACUCCACUUCUUGGGAGUGCUCAAGAAGAACCACCUGGAACAGAAGCUGCUGGUGUCUUUCUACAGAGCCACGGUGGAGAGCAUACUGACCUACUGCAUCACAGUGUGGUAUGCUGGUUGCACAGAAGCAGACAGGAGAUCCUUACAGAAAGUCAUCAACACAGCCCAGAAGAUUAUCGGCUGCUCUCUGCCCAGCCUCGAGGACAUCGCCUCCUCUUGCUACCAAAAAAGAGCUAAUAAUAUCAUGAAGGACCGCUCUCAUCCUGGCCACCCCCUCUGUGACCUGCUGCCCUCCGGCAAACACUACAGGUCCCAUAAAACAAGGACUAACAGGCUGAGAGACAGCUGA